AUGGCCAAGCAAGGUCUUUCCGCUGCACUCAUCAAGAAUAUGCUUGGUGUUCGAUUCUCACAACAAUCUUUCCACCAAUGGAACCAACUCUACGAAGAAACCCGCUGCAUCAUCAGAGAUCCAGAUACUUACAAGGCACAUGGACGACCUGCUAGCCUUACGCAAGAUGAGUCAACUUUCAUGAUUCAGCUUGUCCAAUCAAAGCCUGGCCUCUUCCUGGACAAAAUACGAGAGCGGUUGUAUGAUGCCUCUGGCGUCCUCCUCAGUAUUGCUGGCGUUCACAGGACCCUUGUUGAGCUUUUUACCAUCACCUUAAAAAAACCAGACGCAAAGAACAUCCAAAAGUCACUUACUGCCAAGUAUGCAUAUGUUGAACGAAUGGAGUUCUUCCCUGCUGACUUCCUUGUAUUUACCGUCUUGAAAGAUGUCUAUGAAGAGAAAUACGGAACUUUUUAA